GAGGGAGAGAGACCGGCCGAGAUUCAAACUCGAAAUCUAAACGACCGAACAUUCAGAGUCACGCGAGUAGCCGCGCGAUACGGCUCGGGCGUUUGAAAACGUACGACGACGACAAAGGACACGACGAGUCGCGCGCCAUGUGCGAUCGGAGAAGUUUCAGAUUAAAGAGAAUCCUCUGUGUGCUAUUCUUCGUCAAUGGCAUCGUCCUACCGAUCGGAUCCUGUCAAAAUGCAGAACCACGGGGAUCCUUUGGGAGCAAAAGUAUCGCAAGGAGGAUGGAUCUUCUACGGGACACCGAACGUCUCGACGAACGACGAUUCAACUGGGACGUGUCUCUCGAUGGGGAGAAGAUGCUCGAAGAGAAUACAAGGAGCUUCUCGUCCGAAAGAAAGUCGAAGGAUGAGAACGAGGAGGAUAAGGAUGCCGUGUCUCGAUCCAACGGAGAAAAUAAAAACGUCGCUCUUCAUCCAUUGGAGGACCGUACGAGAGCUUCCUUCCUUCGACAGACACUGAAUACGACUGCUACGACGUCAUUAGGUGAACAACGUAGAUCCACGGGCAUCAACGAGGGUAACAAAACCCGUAAGAAAAAUCGUCGAACGAAAGAUUCGAGAAAUAAUCCUUCUUAUAAUAUCGAUGGUACUACGGAUGUACGUGAGAACGAGAUUAAGAUCGGUGGUAGAUCGUCGUUACAAGAAAAUAAAGAAAAUGUUAAUACCGAUUCGACGUCGAAAAAAUCGAGAUACUCGCAAACGAGAAAGUAUCGUGGCGAACGACGAAGAAGACGUAAGAACAGGGAUAGGAAAAGGGGUAGAAAGAGGUCAAGACAGAACGACGAUAGAAGAAUGGACGAUGAGAGACGGCGAACGUCGAAGUUUAAGAAACGAACGGAGAACGAAGGAUCGGAACAAUCCUUCGGCAAUUCUUCGAACAUAGGUUUGACGUACGGGGGAAAGAACGUCAGCAUUUUUCGACAGGAUUCAACCAAUUUCGAUGGUUUAGAUUCGAGCACCGGCGGUGCUCCGUCCAAUCUUCGAGCUCCAUCGAUUACAACGACAACUACGACGAACGCGGACGAUAGAAAGAGUUUGCCUCAGGUUUCACCACGACGGGACGUAUACGUUGAAAACGUUGAGAGAGAACUUUCUAAACAAUUGGAAAAGGAGAUCGCUAGAUCGGGUAUGAUAAAUUUGAGUAAUCGAGUUCUAACUGGUUCUACGACACAUCGGGAUGUUACGUCGUACGAUAACGACAGGAACAAAUUAUCGAACGAGAUUAUCAUUGACGACAGAGCGAGAUUUGGUAAUUCGCGUUACGACGCCGAAAAAAUGUUGGGUUAUUCGCGCACCGAGGAAGAUCUACCGAUUCUCGACCUUGAAAACGAGGUACUCGAAAGAACGAUGAAGGAUUAUAACGCAUACAUGACGUCCAGUUUGAAACUACGUCAGGACCGGCCAAAAUUCAGUUCGCCAUCACGAUUGCACGAUCAACCGAUCGUAUCUUUAAUCACAAGUACAACCACUACUACCACCAUGACAACCACUACAAAUGCUGACACCUACGACGAGGAUAAUCCAAAAGGCGACUUAUCAUGCAUAAAUGGAACUUUCUUGCCGGCACCGUUAGCGAGGCAUGCUCUUAUCAAAUAUGUAAAGUCUUCCAUACCAGGACACGAGUAUCUCGAAGCCGAUUACGAGUGUGCACCUGGGUUUUACAUGGUAUCGACCGGAAGUCGAUUGCUCUGCAGGAAUCGUCAAUGGAUCGGACAAGUACCAAAAUGUAAACUGAAACAAGGAUCGGACGGUGUCUGUUCGGAAGUCUCAUGCGAACAUGUUUGUAAGGAAAUCGACGGUAGAGCCGUAUGUUCUUGUUACAACGGGUUUCGAUUGGAUGCUUACAAAUGUAUAGACGUGAACGAAUGCGAGGAGAACAACGGUGGCUGUGAGUACAAAUGCGUGAACACUCCUGGAUCUUUUCGAUGCGAGUGUCCGAAGGGAAUGAAACAGGGCGAGGACAGGUUCACGUGCAUAGACAUCAACGAAUGCUUGCUGAACAACGGUCACGGUCCCUGUCAGGACACGUGUCGAAACCUCGUAGGUGGUUACGAAUGCUCUUGCGAGGGUAUCCAGGACACGGUUCUGUCGGCCGAUAACCACACGUGCCAGAACGCAGGUCCAUGCAGUGUCAACAACGCCGGAUGCUCUCACACUUGUCUCUCAACGAUGGGUCGAGUGUUCUGCCUCUGUCCGGACGGCUUCAUGCUCGAGGACGACUGGAAGACCUGUCAAGACGUAGACGAAUGCGCAGUACCCGACCUUCAAACGGAAGUGUGCCGUUAUGGAUGUAUCAACACGCAAGGAUCUUACAGAUGCGCUGAACCGACAGAGCUAAAGGAUCAACCGAUAGCAGAUAGCCUCUCCAUCACCUGCCUGCCCGGAUACGAGGUGUCCGCAGACGGUUCUUGCGUGGAUAUCGAUGAGUGUUCGAUCGAGAACGGUGGGUGCAAGGAGGUAUGCGAAAACACAGACGGUAGUUUCUUCUGUGCUUGCGACGGCGACGAAAAAGCUCUCUCGUCCGACGGAAAGUCUUGCUUGGAUAUAGAUAACGUCGUCUGUCCUCCAUUAAAUCCUGCAGGAAGAGGCUAUCUGAUGUGUUCCCGAAUGGCUGCGCCAAAAUCCUGGCGAGGUAGACGUAAGAUCAUUAAUCGACCUGGAACUAAAUGUUUCCUCAAGUGUCCUCAUGGUUAUCAGCUUCAUGGGGAAUAUGAACUUACCUGCCAAUCCGAUGGCACCUGGGAUGGUCCGAAACACGGCGAAUGCGUUAGAUACAGCAAGCCAAGAUUGGAAUGUCCAAAGGAUGUCGUAGCAGAGUUACCACCAGGACGAGACGAAGCCUUCGUGACGUUCGAUCAGCCCUCGACCGAUCUCGAUUGGUUUCGUUAUGUACGAUCGAAACCUUCCUGGGGUACUAGAUUGGAAGCCAACUUGAAAAUUGGUACACACGAAGUUAACUUUUUCGCGAGACACCCGGUAUCGAAGAAACAAGCAAGUUGCGUUUUACGUAUCAUCGUGAAAGAAGGCGAAGCACCAAAAGUGAAAGACUGUCCAAACAAUAUCGAUGUGACCGGAAAAAAUGGUACGUCGAUAACAUGGACGGAGCCAAUUUUCACGGACAACGUGAAAGUCACACGUAUCAGCAGCAACGAGAGUCCAGGACGUCCGUUUGACGUUGGAGGGCACAGAAUAGAAUACGAGGCCAGCGAUGAGGCCGGUUGGUCGAGCAAAUGCGUCUUCACUGUGGUCCUACGAGCCGAGUGAAAAGUAUUAAGAGAAGGGAGUCGAAGAGAAAGCUAGUUUGCUCUUGGCGGUCGAGAGGAAGAGGUACGAAACGGGAUGGAGGAAAUAAGGGAGAGAAAAAAGAGAACAGAAAAGUAAAAAGAAAAAAAAAAAAGAAAAAAUAGAAAGAAAUAAAAAAGGAACAAAAGAAAAAAGAAAAAAAAGAAACAGGAAAAGGUGGAAGUAGGAAGAAACGCGAAAUGAAGUAGCGAAGGAGAAGAGGAGGAAAAGGAGGAGGAGGGGGAGGGGGAGGAGG